AUCACAUUCUUCACACAAUGGCAUUCAAGUUUGUAGUUCUCGCUUGCCUGGUAGCUGCCGCCAGCGCUGGUGUUGUCCCAGCCGCCCCAGUGGCCUAUGCUGCAGCCCCGGCCUACCACGCCGCCCCAGCAUACCAAGCUGCCCCGGUAACGUACGCCGCCCCAGCGUACCAUGCCGCCCCGGUAGCAUACCAAGCCGCCCCGGCAUACCACUCCGCCCCAGUCGCCUACGCCUCCCCCGUUGCCAAGGUCGUCGCCCCUGUCGCCAAAGUCGCCGUCGAAGAAUACGACCCACACCCACAAUACAGCUUCGCUUACGAUGUCCAAGACGGACUUACAGGCGAUUCCAAGACCCAGCACGAGACUCGUGACGGAGACGUCGUUCAGGGAUCCUACUCGGUCGUCGACCCUGAUGGCACCAAGCGCACCGUUGACUACACCGCUGAUCCCCACAAUGGUUUCAAUGCUGUCGUGCACAGAGAGCCUGUUGGUGUGAAGGUUGCCGCCCCCGUAGUCGCUAAGGUCGCCGCUCCCGUGGCUUACGCUGCGCCUGCCCCGGUCUCAUACGCCGCCGCCCCGGUGGUCGCUAAAUACGCCGCUCCCGCCGCCUACGCCGCGUCCCCGGUUCUCCACGCCGCCCCGGUCGCCAAAAUCGCAGCUCCUCUUGCCUACUCCGCCCCAGUGUACCACCACUAAAUUGAUGCCAAAACUUUAGUUAUUUAUACGUUAAAUACCUCAUGAUUUCGUGUGUUUGUUUUUAAAUAUGCUAAAUCGUGUGUUAGAAGACAAGUUAUG